AUGAACACCAACAACUCCUGGGCCCACUCGCCUGCUGCUGCAGCAGGAGGUGCAGCAGAUGCAGCAGAUGCAGCAACAGCAGCAACAGCAGCAGCAGCAGCAGCGCAGCCUGCUGCUGCACAGAAACCCGUUGAUCCUGCAGUCUGUGCAGAAGUUGAGCGACGCAUGCAGCACGCCGAUGACUUCUGGAAGCAGCUGGAAGCAGCAGCAGCAGCAGCAGCAGAAGUGGGGCCCCAGAGAGCACCACGGUUUGUUUCUGUAUUCCGACAAGCCCACGAGAAGAAGCUGCAGGCAGCAAACUUAGAGCAGCUAGAUCAACUAGCAGCACAGAUAUUCUCCGCUCUGCAGCAGCAGCAAAACUAA